GGACGGCGACGGGGACUCCAAAACCCGCAAAAAGACUGGGGAGAGAACGCUGUUGUUGCGGGAAUUUCUAAACAGUUAAGCAGCCAUUACAAAAUGCCGCUAAUGAUGUCUUUUAAAGAAGUUCGAAAUCAACUUUUGAUUAGCCACGAUGAUGGUGCGAUAAACGAUGAGGAACUUCUACUCAUGUAUGAUAUAAACAGGUCCAAUAAUCUCGAUCUUCCAUACAAUUCUUAUCCUGGUUUUGACUUCAAUGAUUUGGAAGACAACGAGUGCCUUUCAGAGUUUCACUUAUACAAGAACGACUUACUAUUUCUG